AUGAAUGCAUUCGGAGCAUUUGAAAACGGGUCGCUCUUGUCCAGUUACCCUGCUCCUGCCAGAUGGGAUCCCUUCCGUCGUCCCUUGGACUCCAUCCAGCCCUGGCAAUUCAGACUUCUGGCAGCAGUAAUGUUGGUGGUGACCUCCCUGUCACUUGCUGAGAACCUGGCUGUAAUCCUGGUAACUUUUAAGUUCAAGCAAUUGAGACAACCUGUCAAUUAUAUCAUAGUCAAUUUGUCUGUGGCUGAUUUCCUGGUCUCACUUACUGGUGGUACCAUCAGCUUUUUAACAAAUCUAAAAGGUUAUUUUUUCAUGGGAUACUGGGCUUGCGUACUGGAAGGAUUUGCCGUCACAUUUUUUGGCAUUGUAGCUCUCUGGUCUCUUGCUCUGCUGGCUUUUGAGCGGUACAUUUUGAUCUGCCACCCGCUGAGAAAUAAGCGCUUGAGGAGCAAGGAUGCAGCUCUAGGUAUUGUCUUUGUGUGGAGUUUUUCCUUUAUUUGGACCAUUCCACCAACAAUCGGUUGGAGCAGUUAUACCACCAGUAAGAUUGGAACUACUUGCGAGCUUAACUGGUACUCAGGAGCUUAUGCUGACCGUGCAUACAUUAUUACCUUCUUCACCACCUGUUUUAUAGUACCCUUAUUUGUGAUUUUGGUAUCCUAUGGAAAAUUGAUGCAGAAGCUAAAAAAGGUGUCAGAUGCACAAGACAGGCUGGGAACUACCAGGAGACCUGAAAGACAAGUGACUAGAAUGGUUGUUUUUAUGAUCAUCGCCUUUCUAAUCUGCUGGAUGCCAUACGCUACCUUUUCUCUCCUAGUCGCUGCAUAUCCCUCCAUUGAGCUGGAUCCUUGUCUGGCAGCAAUUCCGGCUUUCUUUUCCAAAACAGCUACGGUUUAUAAUCCAAUUAUUUAUGUCUUUAUGAACAAACAGUUCAGGCAGUGUCUGAUUCAAAUGUUCAGUUGCAGUGCCAUAGGAACUGCGGAGUCCAACAUGAACCUGACUUCAGAGAGAGCAGUGCUCAGCCAGGACAGAAGAGGCAGUGAGAUGUCCCCCAUGGCAGUUCACAGCACCAUUCCUAAGAGGAAAACUGGGGAUGAACACAGAAGCCGACAAUCUUUGGUUCUCUAGACAACUUCCGAAAACAAAAUGUGUCCCAUGCAGAGUGGGAGAUGGGAUCAUUAAUGCAAUGCUACAGUGUAUGUCAUUGUUACAAUCACCUACUAAAGACAGGUUGUCACUGGGGACACUGUGGUCCUGUCGACAUCAGCGUUUGAGAUCCCAGACUCCUCAGUGUGUGCAAGAGCUUCUUGGCUCAAACAUAAGCUGAGUCCCUUCCUCCACUGCAUUCCUCUUCCCAACCCACAAUCCACCUGUAGCAGGUAGUCGUGCCACUACUGUUUCUGCUGUGUGUCUCUCUCCCUCCAAUCCUUAAGUCCUUGUUUCUGCUUAAGUCACGUCCUCACUGCUUAAACUGGGCUGCUGAUUCCAGAAUAAAUUAUUAACAUGUUAUUACACCUCCGCUUUUAGAAGCAAGGACUAUAACACAAAUACUGCUUCUGUAAACAGUGAAAACUAACGGAAACUGCCAGCUUUCUGUGGCUGUAUUCCAUCUCAUAUUUAAUUGACACAGUGAAGUGCAGCAAUAUACUUAGCUUUAGCGGAAUGUCACUUGCACAUGAAAAGCCAAACCAGGUUACGAGCGUAAUAAAGACAGACUUCUGGUUUGCACAGUGUUUGGGAUCAUCAUAUGAAGUGCUGCUAAGAAUUAAGCUUGUGCUAAGGCACAUUGGAAUUUUAAUCCUAUAUAAAAUCUAUCUUUAAUUGAAUGCAUAUUAGGAGAAAAGGCAAAGGCUGACUGCAUUUAAACGCUUUAGGAUGGAAAAGCAUUAUUUCUUGAGAAGAUGUUAGUACAAUGCCAGUUGAAACAAAUGUUGUUCCAUGGUGGUAUAGGGAAGUUACAUUAACUCCACCCUGUACAGUCCU